AUGACUGCCGCCCCUACCCGCGAUGGGAUGGAUGAGGCCAUCAAGAGGCGGGGGAGCGGAGAAAAGCCAAGGGAGCGGAUGAGGUCAGCCGAGCACCGGGCAUCGGCCGUCAGCCGGACGUGCUCCCGGCUCAAAAGGCUUCACGAUGAAUUGGCUUUCUGGGGGCGCGCCUACCUGGCCGGUCCCAGCGUCCCCCGCUUGGCGCUCAGCACGGCGCUCAGCACGGCGCUCAGCACGGCGCCCGUCCCGGCGCCAUUGGCCCCGAGGCCCUCAGGCGGGGCCCGGUGGCGCCACAGAGGGCCGGCGCGGGGCCGGAAGUGGCGGGCGGGAGCGCCCAGACCCACAAGCCUCGGCGCCGGAGGCAGCAGGCGCGCGCCGGCCUCGACGCCGCCCACCGCCCUCACCACGACGACGGCGACGACGACGACGACGAGGAUGAGGGCGGCGGCCUGUCAGGGCGUGGCCGUGGGCGCCACCGCCCCCAACUGCGAUGGGCCGGGCGGGCCCGGCCCGGGGAGGCGCGGCCGACCGGGCAAGUGGGAGAGGACCCCCAGGAGCCAGUCGUGCUUCACUCGGAGGCAGGCGGGUCUGGUCCCGCGCUGCUACGUGCGGCCCUGGAAGGAGGAGGUGUUUUCCGGCCGGCAGGCAAGCAAGCUGUCGUAUGGGAAAAUCUCAUCUGGGACCCGGUCCGGUAGCACCGCGGCCCAUCCCUCGACGGUGAAAGAAGAGGCCUCCUCCGAAGGCAGCUCUUCCGAAUCGGAUGAGUUCAGCUCGGUACCGAAACGAAAGCGGAAGAGUCGUUUCGACGCCGCAGCCGGCCACGGCCACUGGGCCGUCCCGUCCUCUCGGAGCCUACCCUUCCGGGGAGGGAAGAGAGUCAAUAACAUCUGGGCCAGAGUGAUUGAGGAGCAGAACCACGACGCUUUAGCCGCUAAGCUCUUCCUGAUGGACAUCCAGGAUAAUAUCGAUCACAGCAGAGAAUCGGAAACCUACAACUAUCUGCAAGCCAGAAGGCUCAGGCGGCUCCGGGAGAAGCAGAAGUUAGACGAAGAGCUGGACGAAUACAUGCGGGGCGUCAACCGGAUGGAAUUAGAAGAGGUGGGCGAUGGACAGAGCCAUCAGCUACCCAGGCUGCCCCUCCGAGAGAGGCUGGGGCCCGGGGAAGAACACGGUAGACGCCGUGCAGUGGCCGGAGAGAAAUCGGAGGAGGAGGCUGCGGAAGACAUAUUCUCCAGGCCGGGAGCAGAUGAAGACGACUUGGAGGAGUUUAUCUGAAAAGCACUCCUAGCACGUGUGACGAAUGAACGGAGUUCCCACGUGCAUACCCCACCUUCCCACUGCCCACACCCCUGGAUCGGUGCCAUCGAGGAGGCUCCCGCGGUCAAGGCAUGAGAUGGAUGUGUUGCCGAGAUGAGCGGGGGUUGCGACAUAAAUAGAGGACUUCCUCCACGUAUGUGGUGUCCUUCUCUUUCUGGAUUUGACACCGAAGGUGAGAUCCCAGUGGGGCACGUGGGCCUGGCCGAGAAGACCCGACGGGUGACCGACACUCCCGUCCGCCUCACGUGCCCGGAUAGAUCGUUCCUCGCCGUCCCGACGUGAUCGGUCCCUUAAGGGCCUUUCUCUCCGAUCUCACUACCAACCUAAAAUCCUCUCUGCUCCAGGAGGCCACCCCUGACCAACGUCUCAUCUCCCCACCCUAUUUGUCCUAUCUCGCCCCUAUUCGUUCACGCCCUCUCCCACCCCCGGCCACUCCACCCCCUCCUCCGGCAUCACUUGCUCGCUCGUGUCCAGACCGCCUCGGCACCUCGAUGCGCACCC